GAAUACCAAUCAACCAAAAAAAUGAAAAACAAAGGGUCCUCAUCAUCUCAGAUUCAACAACUACCUGGCCCUUUCACAACCACCACCUCAUCAUUCUCCAUUGAAUCCAUUGAAUCCUCAAUCCAACGUCUCACAAGGAGCUGGCACAGAAGGCAACAAUGGCAGAAGUUUCUCUGCAACAACUCCACACAGUUUCAAGACCUUAAUGUUAAUAGAGCACCAUGGAGGACUCACUUGGCCAAUUUCCUCGAGUCCAAACCAGUUCAUACAAUUUGUAUUUCGUUGCUGAUUACUGAUCUCAUUCUCACCAUCCUCGAACUCUCCUCAUCUUUAUUUACCAAGUGCAACACAGCACCACCAAACAAGAGCAGUAGGACACAAGAAAUCUGGUACCAUUGGGUGGGGAUUGCUAUUCUCGCCCUGCUUUCGGCGAAGACGGUGGCUCAGGCUGUUGCGCUCGGCAUGUCUACGUUUUUCAGGCGUCCCGGGUACAUGGUCGACGGGGUUGUUUUGAUGGGUGCGUUGGUGUUAGAAGAGUUUCUUGAGAGAAAAGGUGGCGGGCUGCUUGUUGUGGUCAGUUUGUGGCGUGUUGUUAGGGUGGUUGAGAGUGCUUUUGAGUUGAGUGAUGAGGCCAUUGAAGCACAGAUUGCUAGUGUGGUGUGUCAGUUUGAGGUGCUGAGGGAGGAGAAUAGGAGACUUGCUGAGACCAUUGCUGAGAAGGACAUGAUUAUCCAGAAGCUCCAGGAAGAAUUAGAGCAAUAUGGUACUAGUCAAUAGUCAUGCUUCUUGGAACAAUUCUUCACCUUAUGAUCACCGUUGUCAAAAUUCCUGCCUAGCGCCGCCUAAGUCCCGCCUAGAUGUUAGGUAGUUGGUCACUGUUACGAUUAGUUUGUAGGCGUUUGAAAAUUAAGAAAGAGCGCCUAGACUCGCUUAGGUGUCCGUCCAGCCUGCCCAAACUAGCCUAGGCACCCGCUAGGUCGCAACUUUCACUUAGAUAGAAAAUCAACAACUUUCAUUUUGCAUUUUAUUUUUUCAAUAAAAUAUAAGAGACUUGUUGAAUA